UCGCGAAAUAUAACAUCGACACAUCAUUUUUCAAACGUAAAUGUCAUUAAACAUGCAAUAGACAUUUUGACUAAUAUGUAUGCAACGUUAAUUCUUUCGAAACUGAAACACAAAUGCCGGACAACAUCCGUGGAGUCGCACUGAGGUACACAGUGGUGGGGGGCCGAAGUAUCUGUCAUGGCCGACGUCCGCUGGCAGCGUAGUUUUGGUGAGGCCGUGUCGGCGAACGGUGCAUGGUGCGUCCAGUGGUGAAAAGAAAGAUGGGGCACAAUAAUGGGCAGACGGUCAAACGAAGAAGUCGUUAGCGAUCUCUCGGUCCUUGUACAGGACGAUUUAUGCGAGAGGAACGCGACGAUGGAGUCACGAACACGGAGGACUCGGCUGCGUAGCGUUGUAGGAAUAUGUCUGUUCCUCGCGCUGACGAGCAUCAUUUAUCUCGGAUAUUUCUGCCCGGAUCAUGUGUGCGCACUGACAAAUCGCGAGAUCAAGGAGUCCGUAAGACUAUCUGAGAGUCUGUCCGCUGGCCCUGGCUCCGGUCUGUCUUCCGUCUCCAUCGAAUUUGACAAAAAUGGCCUGCUUUCGGUGCAUCCUGCUUUUAGAUUACAAAGCAUCCAAGGAAGCCUUGGUUACGACGACGUGUUUACGAAUGAAACCUUCCAGUUUGAUAUCAAUGCGCACGAUGUCAUCGUUUUUCUACAUAUUCAGAAGACUGGGGGAACUUUAUUUGGGAAACAUUUAGUCAGAGAUCUGGACCUGCAGAGACCAUGUUCUUGUCAAAGAAGACGCAAACGUUGUUUUUGUUUCCGUCCAAAUCGUAACGAAAACUGGCUUUUUUCACGGUAUUCCACUGGUUGGAAAUGUGGUUUGCACGCAGAUUGGACUGAAUUGACCAGUUGUGUAGAUACCGAAUUGAACAAAAUUGAAGGGGAAGGGAUAAAGCGUAGAUACUUUUAUAUAACUAUUAUAAGAGACCCUGUCGCACGAUAUCUGUCUGAAUUCAGACACGUGCAAAGAGGUGCAACUUGGAGAGGUGCACGUCACUGGUGUGGAGGAAGCCAGGCAAAUAUACCACAAUGUUACCCUGGAUCCAGUUGGCAAGGAGUCUCCCUUGAACAGUUUAUGGCGUGUCCAUAUAAUUUGGCAAGCAACCGCCAGACCAGAAUGUUGGCUGAUCUAUCAAUUGUUGGUUGUUACAAUUCUACACUCAGCAGCUUGGAGAGAGAUCGGCUCAUGUUGGCUAGUGCUAAACACAAUUUGCAAUUCAUGCCUUUCUUCAUGUUGACAGAAUACCAAAAAGUGGGACAGUAUUCUUUUGAGGAGACAUUUGGGAUGAGAUUUGCUGUUGCAUUUGAACAGCACAAUGCAACAUUAAGUGCUGCUACCAUGGCUACCCUUACUUCAGAACAGUUAGAUGCUGUGCGUAGGCUUAACAGAUUGGAUCUAGAACUUUAUGAUUUUGCAAAGAAUCUUGCAUUUCAAAGGUUUAAAAGGCUUAGAGAUCGCGAUCCAUAUUUUGUACAACGAUUUCAACAUCUUGGUGAGCUACCUUCUAGACAAAGUGCAACAGAAUUCAAUUGGGAUUCUGUUAUCGAGGAUACUACAGACAUUGAAUGAUUUGUAAGUAUGUUAUAAAUAGAUACUAUCGAUGCUUUGCAUUCAUAGCUAAGCAAAUAAGGUUGCUCUGAGCCUGAGCAUCUCAGGGAAUCACCCUUGAAAGAAAAUGUACGUAGGAUUAUCAUGUGCAGAUGGCUGCAUGUAACUUACCAAAAGUGUUAUAGAAAUUAACUUGGAUAAGACCAAAGAGAGCUCAGAGGAUUUCGAUGUAAUCCUCUUUGAAUAGCUAUAUCUGAAAGAUAUAUGUAUGCGAAGGAAUGACACAAAUUUUUCAUGAUUUUUAUAAUAUUCGUAAAUUUUCUAUGUAAAGUUCUUCCAUAUCAUGCAACCUUGAUUACAAUACUACAUUUAAGCUUCAAAUUCGUUAAUAUCUCUUGAUUUCGUAUGCAACAAUACUUUUUAAGUCAGAUUCUUCUUUGUAUAUUUCAAAACAUCAAUUCAGAGUACUUAUUAACAUAUUUCUGCAAAUAUUGGAAUUUUUAAUAUAUUAAUUAAUACUCAUUAUUUUAUUCACAUUCGCUAUAACAUUAUUUCAAACGUGAUAUAUUUCUAUGCUUCUAGAACUGAGAUUAUUAAUGUACAUUAUAAAUGAAAGUUACAUUAAAAAUAGAAAAAUUUAUUUUUUUUAUAAAUAAAACAAAUCGAAUUGGUUUUUUAAUUUUUAUUAUAUCGUAUAUUUUAGUAAUUUUGUUAAAAAUUAAGGAAAAAUCUUAUCUAGAAACCAGUCGUUUAAAUUAUAAAAAUAUAUUAAAACAUAUGUUAUAUUAGAAAUUCUUAAUUAAUUUUCGUAUGAACUCUUGAAAAAAGAACUCCACUUUGCUAAUUAAUUUCGAAAUUGCUGAAAAAUAAUAAUAGGUAAGAAAUUAAUUCUCCGUUGACCUUUAAAUGAUAUCUAAGACUUGUGUGUGUCGAUGCUACGGAUGUCAACGUGGUUGAGAACCCCUGAACGAUCACAGUUCUAUAUUCCUAACUGGCACAUUACGGAGAUAAUAAACUUAAUACAAUGCGCGGCAUAUAUAAAAAUUUCUAUUUAUAGUAAUUUUCAAUGGAAGAAUAAAUGUUACAAAUUAAUUUUGUAAAUAUAUCUCUAAAAGUAUAUAUUUUUUAAUAGAAUUAUUUGCAGUGUUAUUUAAAAAAAAGUGGUAUUAGGUUUAAUAAAGGCGAUCUGUACAGUUUAAAUGAUAAAACGUUCAUGUAAAUGUUUGAAUGAAUGGUCAUAUCUUGGGUAAACAUGUCUAAGAUUAGAUUCUAACUGCUAACUAUUUAAUGUAACUGUUCAUGGUCAUUCUACUUAAGUCCAUACAUGUGUACAUUUUACUAAAUUCAUCAAAUCAUUAGUAAUUCUAUUAUACGGAGAUAUAUAUAUUAAGACAUCAGAUUUAUAAUUUGUGUAGUUUUCUUUUUGGAAUUAAUCAGCUCACAUUUGCUAUAUUACAUGAAAAAUAAGUUAAUUAAGAAUAUUAUAUAGUUGUUUAAUGUAUUAGGAUUGCGUGUGCAAUAAGACUUUAUGGGUUACCAUUAUAAAUAUUUCAUAUCAUCCAGUCAUGACAUAAAUGUAAUAUAUCCUAUACAUAUAUGCUCUAUAUAUA